GUGCCGGGCUACCGUCGGGGAAGCUGCCACGUCCGAGGCCAGUGGAGGCGCCGCUGCCAUUGUUGCCGCUGUAUUCUGCCCCGAAAUCGGAGCCUCCGCCGCCCUUGCUGCCAUGGUGUCAGUAAUUAACACGGUGGACACCUCCCAUGAGGACAUGAUUCAUGACGCUCAGAUGGACUAUUAUGGCACCCGACUGGCCACCUGCUCGUCAGAUAGAUCUGUCAAAAUUUUUGAUGUGCGGAACGGAGGGCAGAUCCUCAUCGCCGAUCUGAGAGGUCACGAAGGCCCUGUGUGGCAAGUAGCCUGGGCUCACCCAAUGUAUGGAAACGUCUUAUCUUCCUGUUCUUAUGACCGGAAGGUCAUUAUAUGGAAGGAAGAAAACGGCACUUGGGAAAAGACUUAUGAGUAUACGGGACAUGACUCUUCAGUGAACUCUGUGUGCUGGGCCCCUCACGACUAUGGGUUGAUCCUUGCUUGUGGCAGCUCUGACGGGGCCAUCUCGCUGCUGAGUUACACCGGGGAGGGACAGUGGGAAAUCAAAAAGAUCAGCAACGCUCACACCAUUGGCUGCAAUGCUGUCAGCUGGGCACCUGCUGUUAUCCCCGGGAGCCUGGUAGACCAGCCGUCCGGACACAAGCCACAUUUCAUCAAGAAGUUUGCAUCAGGUGGCUGUGACAAUCUGAUCAAGCUAUGGAAAGAGGAGGAGGAUGGCCAGUGGAAGGAAGAUCAGAAACUGGAGGCUCACAGUGACUGGGUCCGGGAUGUUGCCUGGGCUCCCUCCAUAGGCCUGCCAACAAGCACCAUUGCCAGUUGCUCCCAGGAUGGCCGAGUGUUCAUCUGGACCUGCGACGAGGCCUCUGGAGGCUCAUGGAACCCCAAACUGCUGCACAAAUUCAAUGACGUGGUGUGGCACGUGAGCUGGUCCAUCACAGCCAACAUCCUGGCUGUCUCUGGAGGGGAUAAUAAAGUCACUCUUUGGAAGGAAUCUGUAGAUGGACAGUGGAUGUGCAUCAGCGAUGUCAACAAGGGCCAGGGCGCGGUGUCUGCUAUCACAGAUGGCCAGCAGAAUGAGCAGUGACAGAUCAGAAGCUGAUCGGAGCAGAGACGGAGCAAUCCAAGGCAGCAGCUAGAUGGCUACCCAUAACUAUGAUUUCUAUUACUUCUAUUGCCCUUUCAGUUGAUGAAACAUUUCAUCUGAACUGGGAAGGCAAAUAAGUCACUUCCAAAUCCAGUCUUGCUUUUCCAUGAAUAACUAUUUCAGAUGCAACCACAGUAUUGAUUAAUUGCCCUUGGCUGGUUGAAAAUGCUCACGAAGAAAAAAAAAAGUCACCCACUCCUGCUAGAACACGGGUUUUCACUCUGCAUUUUGUCUUCAGGGUCGUUAAGGGAUCAGGGAAUAUUCCUUUAACAACGUGAGCCAGAUAGAUUCAGAAUAUGCUAGAGCCAGAAAUAAAGGAAUUAGGAAUUUCUUUGGUUUUUCAAAUUUGGAGUUUCAACAAAAAUUAAAUAAUGUUUAUUAAAGA